CCGAGGCCACGUGUCGCCCCGGGUUCAGUCGCGAGUCCUCAAGGGUGUCGCCGGGUCCCCGCGGGAGAAGCUGAGUCUCCCCGCCCCACUGGGGGCCGGCGCGCCUUCCGAAGAACGACUUUGCGGGCUUCCGGUGGGGGCCGGAAGUGGCCGUUACUAAGGCGACGCCACGCUCCCGGCCCAGCUUUUCAGAGUUUCCUAGACGUUCCCGGUGCCAGCUUCUGUGAUGUCAAUCCCCAGAGGAAGUCAAGUCCAGAAGAGGUUCUCCAGUUUUAUGAGAAAGGGGCUGCUGGAGGUGCCGUCCCCAACAGAGAAGGACUGGCCUAAGGAUGAUGAAGAUGAUUAUGUCUUCGUAGACUUGGGUCAGGAGGUGGAUUCCCUGCCACAGCCUUAUCGCAUGAUCAACAAGAUGGUGAACCUUCUGUUUGACAAAUGUUGGGAAGUUAUCCAGGAGAGGGAUGCACUGAGGGAUGUUGAGUUCAGCCGGACCCAGCCCACCACCUACCCUCCACUUGUAGAAAACAAGCUCAACAAAAUGCCAAAUUGUAUGGCGAUUUCCCAAGACUAUGUCUUUAUUGGAGGAGCCAAAGGAUUCUCCAUCUAUAACCUGUACAAUGCUAAACGAAUAUAUAUUUGGGAGAAACUUAGGGUUGAUGUCACUUCCAUCUGGGCCACAGAUUUGGGGAAUGAAAUACUUAUUGCUCCUGUGGAUGAAAUGGGUACAUGUUCUUCCUCUUUUUUUUUAGCCGAAUUUAUAGUUAUCUGUAGACUGUUCAAUUUAAUCUCCUUUCCAG